UUGUUGCAAUUUCGGGCGCUUUUUCUGUCGCUUUCUCUGGACAGCUUCGUUUGUUGGGAUCUUUCUUCUGUGGUAAAUUUAAAACACUUCAAGGAGCAAAAGAAGGCGCCGACACGAAGGGACUGGGUUUGACUCUGUGCAAGCCAGUGUCAUCUCAAGUGGUCCCGUGGCUCCUUCGUAAUCGCCCAUGCCUACUUGCAAACCUGAUCACAGCCAGCAAUUUGAAUGGAAUCGAUCCAGUCCUUAAGUCUUGGAGGGGGACCUGCACUUUUGGGUGAGACCAGCUGCCCAUUGAAAGCCACUGAGGACAUCUGGUUUGGGUGCUGUUCCUGCACCUAUGUCGCCAAAGAUCAGCAUGGGAUCGUGAACCACCUGGUUGCCCAUGGUGAUGAACAAUCCAAGAGCCAGCAUCCUCCCGUGUCCUCUCACUCCAGGUCCGAAGUGCCAAGCAACACUCAAAAGCACAAAAGCAACAAGUUUAAGUGCAAACUGUGUCCUCAAGUCUUUGCUUGUGAUUCCCUACUGACCAGUCAUAACCAAACACACACCGGUGAAAAGCCAUUCAAGUGCAAGCUUUGCCUAAAAGCCUUUGCUCGGAAUUCUCAGUUAAGAAGGCAUAAUCUAAUACACUCUGAUGAAAAGCCAUUUAAAUGCAACCUCUGCCCCGAAGCCUUUUCUCAGAAUGGUCAUCUGAUCUACCAUAAUCAAACACACACUGGUGAAAAGCCAUUUAAGUGCAAGCUGUGCCCUCGAGCCUUUUCUCAUAAUUGUGCUCUGAUCGGGCAUAAUCGAACACACUCAGGUGAAAAGCCAUUUAAGUGCAAGCUGUGCCCCCGAGUCUUUUCUCAGAAUUCUAAUUUAAAGGCGCAUAAUAUAACACACUCUUCCGAAAAGCCAUUUAAGUGCAAGGUUUGCCCUCAAGUCUUUUCUCAGAAAGCCAGUCUGAUCGUGCAUAAUCGAACACACUCAGGUGAAAAGCCAUUUAAGUGCAAGCUGUGCCCCCGAGUCUUUUCUCGGAAUUCUAGUUUAAAAACGCAUAACAUAACACACUCUUCCGAAAAGCCGUUUAAGUGCAAGGUGUGCCCCAAAGUUUUUUCUCAGAAAGCCAAUCUGAUCCACCAUAAUCGAACACACUCAGGUGAAAAGCCAUUUAAGUGCAAGCUGUGCCCCCGAGUCUUUGCUCAGAGUUCUAAUUUAAAAACACAUAAUCGAACGCACUCAGGUGAAAAGCCAUUUAAGUGCAAGGUCUGCCCCCAAGUCUUUUCUCAGAAAGCCAGUCUGAUCUACCAUAAUCGAACACACUCGGGUGAAAAGCCAUUUAAGUGCAAGCUAUGCCCCCAAGCCUUUUCUCGGAAUUCCAGUCUGAUCUACCAUAAUCGAACACACUCUGGUGAAAAGCCAUUUAAGUGCAAGUUGUGCCCCCGAUCAUUUUCGCAGAAUUCAUAUCUGAGACGCCAUAAUCUAACACACUGUUGAAAAGUAAUUUAAGUGGAACAUGUGUCCCAAGGCCCUUUCUCAGAGUUCUGAUCUAAUCUGCAGUGCAGAGAUAUACACGAUUUCAGUUGAAAUAUAUAAAUGCAUGCAGUACCCUAAAAUGACAGGAAUGCAGUGCCUUACAAAUGACAGCAAUUUUCCUGUGCAUUUUUUUAUACCUCUGCCUCGUGGGGCAUGUGCCAAAGCAGUGGUAAACAAACCUAAGGACGAUUGCAUUAAUCGGGUGGCAGGUAGUGGGCUUUUGCACUCUUUACUUCUCAGAACAGUUUGUUGUAUAUCCAGUAUGGUUGCCACAUUGAUUGUUUAUGCAUAGCCAAACUCUUGCAUUGCUCACAAGCCUUUCAUCUGAAUGCUACUGUUAAUAAUGACGAAUGUGUUGAGGAGUAGGGAGAAAUUCCUUGCCAGAAGUAAUCAAAAGGUUGGUCGUGCAAUGACAAACCUUUGACUUUUUCAUUAGAUUGAAAUAGGUCUGUGUAGCUCGUUUGAGGUGUUUUCUAAUAUGUUUGUUUUUACUCCUGUUUUAAAAGAUGGGCACAUGCAGAAAAUAAAUGUCACCAUAGAUUCAAUUUUACUAUCUAAAAAAUAAAGUGUGUGAAUUUCAAUUCCUGUAGUGUCUUUUUUCUGCUUUUGUAAUCUGGUACUCUAUGUAGAGUAAUUUUUUAGGUUUUUAUUUUUACGUCCUGUAGCAUGCCUCUCCAUCUUAGCAAUCAACUCGGCUGGAAACCGAUUUUUGAGUGUGUGUGCACUACAGUGGUUUGUGCUCCCGAUUCGAACUUUGCUAUACUCUGGGAUAACUUUUCAUGGCAACGCAGUCAAAGGCACUGGUACUUAUGCCUUCUCCAAUUUUCAGCUCUGAUGGAACUUGCACGUGAGCUCUCUUCUUCGAAAGGCCAAGAAAAGCGGUCCCCCUAGUAUAGUCAUACUCCCACACCGCCAAGCUGGUUUUACAAUUGACAGCGUGCCAAUUUUUAAUGCUCCAUAAUGCAUGUUCAAUUCUGGUUUGAAGAGGGAGGUAGAGAGCUGAAGUAACUUGAACUCGAUCAUAUCUAAGUGUUCUUGCUUCCUUCCCUGCACUGAAAUCUUCAUAGUGAUGUAUUUAUAUGACACCUGCUUUAAGAUAUCGCUCUUGUAUUUAGGUUAUCAUAAUUUUCUGUUGCUCCGUAUUCUUGUUGCCGAUAGUUGUCUCUGUGUAUCUUUGUCGGAAUUCUCAGACCGUAAGUGUCAUGUAUGGCAGAAAAUGUUUUUUGUACUAAAAUGUCCAUUUUUUGCAUGGUUUACUGCAUCCUGUGUAUUGUUGGUCAAUGUGUGCUUAGUUUUGCAUUGUGUAAUGCAUUUGUGUAUAUCUUCAUUGUGGAUUUUGUUUCUUACUCUCAUUUGUCUCAAAUAAAUUCGGCAGAUGAUAAAUGUGUAAUGAGAGUUCUGUAUCAGUGUUCCUCGCAAAUAAAGCUAGACAGUUUGAGC